AUGCGAACCCAACGAUUUGUGGUCUGGCUAGGCACCUUUGCCCUCAUCUCAUUAUGUCUCAUUCUUUUCAGAAGUUCCAGUCCUUCACCCUCACCUAUUGUGGACCUCUAUCCUUCACCCGAUUCUCGGCCUCCAACUACUUUGCAGAGGCCCCCAGUGCCGUCCAAUGCCCAGCUUAUUGAACAGACUGGCUACCGAAAGGUUGCUCAGCCGGACAGUCUUCAUCCGGUUGCAUCGCUUGUCAAGAAUGCUGAGCAGCAAUUUGAUCGGUUACUGUCACGUCAAUCGAAGACCUUGGCUGAGGCUGUCGACGAAUAUCGAGAGCGCUACAACAUGCACCCGCCCCCGCAUUUUGACAAGUGGUUCCAAUUUGCGAAGGAUAGAGGGGUUCAGCUGAUUGAUGAAUACGAUACAAUAUAUCAUGCUCUGUUGCCAUUUUGGGCCCUCGAACCGAAGACUAUUCGCGAUCGGGCUCGGGAGACGCUGGGCUUCGACAAUUCUAUGAUCGGGGUACUGAUCCGAAAUGGGUCUGUGUCACUGGUGGAAGGUGGAGCAUUCGAGCAGGGCUGGCAGCGUAGUGCCACCGCUAAGAUGAUCAACAGUUUUGUCGAGUAUCUGCCUGAUAUGGAUCUCGUGUUUAAUGCCCUCGAUGAGCCUCGAGUUGUCGUACCCAGCGAGGAUCUUCAGAGGCUGGUUGCAAUUGCCAGAGAUCAAGUCUCUCAGAAUACUGUUGUGAAUACCAUGCCCAUAAAUGCAUGGUCAGAUAGACCCAGCGACUUGAAUAAAGGGGAUCGCAUUGAUGAAGUGCGUACUACCCGUUUCAACCGAUUCACCCGUCAGUCCACAUGGAGUUAUUCUCGGUCUUCCUGUCCAGUCGAUAGUCCGGUCCGCUCCCUCGAUGAGCAGGCUCCGGAUAACAUAAACUCCUAUGCUCAAGGCGAGUUAGGAUUCAUAUACAACAUCAGCGCCUUUUCCGACAUUUGCAACUCACCUUCCCUCCGCUAUAAGUACGGGUUCUUUGACCGGCCGAACAGGUUUGAAGCUGUACAUGACUUGUUUCCAGUCUUUUCGCAGAGCAAGAUCUCGAGCUACCAGGACAUCCUGUACCCUAGCCCUUGGUACUGGUCAGACCAGGUACCUUAUGAAGAAGACAAGGAUAUGGAGUGGGAUGAAAAGGACAGCCGAAUGUUCUGGAGAGGCUCAACAACUGGGGGAUACUCCAGAGCUGGGGGCUGGCGGCGACAGCACCGACAAUUGUUCGUCGGCAAAGUUAAUGCCCUCAACACAGCCAAGAUACUGUCCAAGACCGAAAGUAACCAAUGGAAAACCAGGGGUGUUGGUCGAAACUCCUUUACCGACCUCUUCGACGUUCGGUUCACGUACAUUGGCCAAUGUGAUGAUAAGGACUGUGCCGCCCAGGAAGAAUAUUUUGACUUGGCGGAGCCGGUUGAUCAGCAAGACGCUUGGGCGUACAAACAUCUGUUGGACAUGGAUGGGAAUGCGUUCAGUGGUCGGUUCUAUGCGUUCUUGCGCAGCAGGAGUCUCGUUCAUAAGGUCUCAAUCUUCCGUGAAUGGCAUGAUGAGUGGCUCAAACCCUGGACACAUUACGUACCUUUGAGCCUGACCGGAGAUGAUUAUCUGGAGGCCAUGCGAUACUUUGAAUCCGAAGAAGAGGCGCGUAACAAGUUCUGGGACUUAUCCAAGGAUUGGGAUGGCUUUUCUCAUCAUAUACUUACCCUGAGGAAUGGGUUCAAGUUUCACUACGUUUGCAAUGAUCAGGGGGCCUCGUUGGACCAGGAGAAACCCGUGGUUGUCUUCAUCCAUGGUUUCCCCGAUAGCUGGGCCAUCUGGCGGAAUAUUCUGAGCUCUUCGUCUCUUCAGCAGUCUGCGACCCUUAUUGCGGUUGAUAUGCCCGGUUAUGGUGGGACUGAUAGCUUGAUUGAUUACUCGCCUACUAAUGUGCUUGAGAGUCUGACCGAGUUUAUCCUUGCGAUCAGAGCCAAAUAUGGCGUGGAUACCGAGGCCGGUAUGCGCCAGAAGAAGCUGGUUGUUGUCGCGCAUGACUGGGGUUGUGUUGUUUCUAUGCGGCUUGCGGCUGAAGCUCCUCAGUUGGCGGAUCGGUUUAUCCUGAGUAAUGGGCCGUUGCCUCGACUUGCCUCGUCCAACAUUAGUCGCCUGCUAUCCGCAUCUGGCAAGAUGUUGAAGACGGCCUCGCGCUCGCCAAUCCAAUCACGGUCGAUGAUUUUCAAGGCAUUCGCGACUUUGAGCCCGAUUUUUCGGCAGUUUCGAAAGUCCAAGUACAUCUUUGCUAUGCAGCUGCCCAUGCCUCUGGUUCGGUAUUUCGGAAGAGGUGGAAAUUAUUCCUUCCUGAAGCUUAUUCACAGGGGUUCCUUCGGAAAGCGGGAGUACACGCCUCAGGAUGCUGCGGAGUGUUUUGCUAGCUCCUUGGGUCCAUCGGUUGCAGAAUCCCGGACUCAGACCGCUGAUGGAGAGCAAUAUCCCGAGUCACUGAAGAAUGAGCGCGCACCGUCGAGCUUCCAGCACAUGGCCUGCUAUUACCGAGAUGGAACUGCUUUCGUGCGUUGGGACAAAUCUGUUGAGACGAUUAGUGCCUUGCACAGCAUCGCGAGCAGUAGCGGUGGUCGUCGUGCCAGCAGCGGGGCUGGACUGUUUGAUGAUGGACCCAAGGGGGCCCUGAAAGCUUGUGCGACCGUCAUUUGGGGCAAGGGAGACAUUGCCUUGGAGCCGCAGAUCUGCUUGGAUGGCCUCGCCGAUUACCUUGUCGCAGACAGUCAGUUGGUCGAGCUUCCUCUCUCGGGCCACUUCACUCCGUUGGAACAGGAGAGCCAGGUUGCUUUGGAAAAGGCAGUUGAGUGGGCUGUCAAGGGCGAGAAGGAGGACAUUGGGGCGGUUAUCAAGGCUUGCUAUCCAACGGCUGUAGCUGUUUAUGAUGAACUAAUCCCCGUGCACCCUCUGACAAACAUUACUCCAGCGAACCUCUGGCUCAUGGAUCGGCCGGACUUGAUCGCAACCUUCACAAAGAUCGAGCUCUGGCGUCAAACACAGUACAAGCGCAUAGUCUACAUUGAUUGUGAUGUGGUCGCACUCAGAGCGCCCGAUGAACUCCUAGAGUUGGAGGUGGACUUCGCAGCGGUGCCAGACGUAGGCUGGCCGGAUUGCUUCAACAGCGGUGUUAUGGUACUCCGUCCUAAUCUACAGGAUUAUCUUGCUCUUAGAGCACUGGCAGAGCGAGGUAUCAGCUUCGAUGGCGCUGACCAGGGGCUUUUGAACAUGCACUUUCGCAAUUGGCACCGACUGAGCUUUUCGUACAAUUGCACACCCAGUGCGAACUACCAGUAUAUCCCCGCCUACAAGCAUUUCCAGAGCACGAUCAGCAUGAUCCAUUUUAUCGGUGCCCAGAAACCCUGGAAUAUGGCGAGGCAGGUGGAACCGAUUCAUUCUCCGUAUAAUCAGUUGCUGGGAAGGUGGUGGGCUGUCUAUGAUAGGCAUUAUCGCCCUGUCGUGACUGUGAAUGUUACAUCGACACCAAGCUACCAUACACAAACUGCGCACGAGGCUCCUCAGGUGCACCAAACGCAUGAAACUUACCAAGCGCAUCCUCAACAGAGUGUGGCAGCCCCGGCUCCCGAACCUACGCCUGUAGCAGGCUCAAGUAGACCCACUGAGCACGAGCAACGACAGGAACAGCGUGCGGUUGAAAGUGUACAAGCCCCAAUCAUCAGUGCCGUUCCGCGGUAUGUUCGUGGAGAGGAGCAUGUGACGGCAUACAUACACCCUCAAUCAGGCGAGACAUCAUUUGUAGCCCAUAACGAGCCGCAAUCGCAUGCACAUGAAUUUAGCGUGCCAUCAAAUGUACAAGCACCUCCCCCACAGUCACAACAUGUCCAGCACGAAUACCACCAACAGCCUACGGCGCCAGUCCAUGUGCCUGAGGAGCAGCCACCUGCACCGCCAUCGCCAAAACCUGAAGUACAGACUACGUUUGAGCCACCCAAGGCAGAAUGGGAUGCAUCUAAGGAACCACCGCCAUUGAACACAAAACCAGAAGGUAUCGCUUUGGCAAAGAAGACGUACGCCAUGUCGCAGGAUGAGCAGCUUUUCCAACCUCCACAGUCUUACCCGGAAGCACCUAAGAACAUGUAUUACGACGUCCCUAGCACCAAGCCGGAGCCUGAAAAGCUCGCCCAGGUAUUCCCUUGGGAGAGUCAUGCACCUAGACCAACGCGCGUGUUCCCAGAAGACGACCAGAGCUCAACUACAUUUACCCUUCCAAAAUCCUUCAUUGAAAGCACGGAAGACGAGUCUGGCCCAUCGCUUGAUUCUCGAGUGACGUCCUGGACAUCUGAAGAGCCCACCGAAUCCUGGGACACGUACUCGCGGUCUAAUGCAUGGGAUGAGAUCCCGGAGAUCCAAAGAUACAUUCAAUCCAUACAACAAACCCGCAAAGGCAGGGUGCAGGUGCUCACCGGCGGCCCAUCCAGCACAGGACAGAGCCUGGUAUCUGGUCAAGAAAGAUACAACUUCAGCUGGUCCAACAAUACGCGGGUGACAGACUUCCCCAGCGAGCAAGAACGGCCAAGCCUCCCCGUAACCCCGGCACCUAUUCGCAGGAAGCCCCCUAUCCCAGGUGAAGAAGACUUCGACACAGGGCUACUACCGCCCGCACACGGUGUGCCGAACCAGGAGGACUGGGUGGGUAUCACGAACCCUACAGUCGGCCUCGAGGACCUUCGUCGACGUCAGUCCGAAGUGAUGGAAAAUCCAGAUUUGCUGUUUGAGCGGAUCUUGAUGCGCUCAUCGGCUGCUUCUGGUCAUUCUUGA